AUGUUUAUUUUUAAUCUUUUUGUUUUAUUUUUUUAUUUAUUUGAAACACCACAUUAUUAUUCAAAGAAUCUGACAGGAGGAUCAUAUAGUGAAGUAUAUGCUAAAUCAUGUACAGAUGAAGAAAUAUGCAUCUAUCAUAAAAUAGAUUAUGAUAAUAAGCCUGCCAUAAAUUAUACGUAUACGCAUAUAUUUGAGUUAAUUUUGAAGAAAAAUAAAUUUAAUAAUAAAAAGCAAGCUAUUAUAGAAUAUGAAUGUGGAAAACCUAAGUAUUUCUUAACAUAUGAUGCACUUUUUAAUAGAAUUUUAGGAUUUAGUCAUUCUCUUAAUAAUUUUGAAGGAGGAGUACCUGUUAAAUCAUUUGAUGAAGAAAAACAAAAUAAUGGUAAGUUUAGGCUAUUAGGAAUAUAUGGAAGUAAUUCUGCCAAUUGGAUAACUGCAGAUUUAGCAGCAAUGAUAAGUGGUGUUACAACUAUAGUAAUGCAUUCUAAAUUUAGUGUUGAUGAAAUUGUUGAAAUUUUGAGUCAAUCAAAGUUGGAAUGGCUAUGUAUAGACCUUAAUUUAGUUGAAAAGCUAUUAGCUCGUAGAGAUGACUUACCAGAUUUAAAAUAUCUUAUAAUAUUAGAUCAUGUGAAAUCUUCAAAUGAAAGUAAUGAUAAAAAAGAAGAAGAUAAUCACGAGGUUGAUGAAGUUUGUGAAAAUGAACAAGAAAAAUUAAAAAAAUUUAAUGAAUUAAAAGAAAUAGCUGAUAUGUCAGGAAUUAAAAUAAUAAAAUUUGAAGAUUUAAUAAAUAUUGAUGUAGAAACUGUUACUAUACAAAAUAAAAAUAAAGAUUUUAUUUCUAGUAUAGUAUACACUUCCGGUACUUCAGGAAAACCCAAAGGAGUUAUGUUAUCUAAUAAAAAUUUUUAUUAUACUAUAGUUCCACUAUAUGAUUUUAGCUUGUUUGCACAUGGCGUCGUGAAGCAUCUUUCUUACUUGCCCCUUUCUCAUAUUUAUGAAAGAAUUAAUGUAUUACUUUGUUUAUUAAAGGGAUUAGAAGUGCAUGUAUGGAGUAAAGAAAUUAAUUAUUUUAUAAAGGAUCUAGCAGAAGCAAAAUCAAGUUUUUUAACUGGUGUACCUAAAGUUUUUAGCAAAUUAUAUACUAAUAUUAUGACAGAGAUAAAUAAGUUGCCAAAAGUAAAGCGCUUUUUUGUAGGGCAGAUUUUAAAAAUACGUAGAUACAAUAAUAAUGGGAAAUUUAGUAGAUUCAUUGAAUCUAUUACUCGUGUUUCAAAAAAAAUCAAGAAGAGAAUCAAUCCCAACUUAACAUUUAUGAUAAAUGGAGGUGGUAGAUUAUCUCCUAAAAUAGAAAAAGAAUUACGCAUUUUGUUAGAUGCAAAAAUUUAUCAAGGAUAUGGACUAACUGAAACAACUGGUCCUAUAUUUUUACAACAUAAAAGAGAUAUGAGUUAUAAUAGUAUAGGUGGUCCUAUUUCUAAUAAUACUUUAUUUAAAUUAGCAUCAUGGGAAACCUAUAAAACUAAUGAUAAAAUACCAAAAGGGGAAUUAUUAAUUAAAAGUGAUCAAUUAUUUAACGGUUAUUUUUUAAGAGAAGAUCAAACAAAAAAUGCUUUCACAGAAGAUGGAUUUUAUAAAACUGGUGAUAUAGUUCAAAUUAAUGAAAAUGGAUCUCUUACAUUUUUAGAUAGAUCAAAGGGAUUAGUUAAGUUAUCUCAAGGUGAGUAUAUAGAAACAGAAAUGUUAAAUAAUCUUUAUUCUGAAGUUCCUUUUAUUAAUUUUUGUGUUGUAUAUGGAGAUGAAGAUUUAGAUGGGCCGAUAGCUAUUGUUUCGAUAGAUAAAGAUAUAUUUACCAAAAGUUUAUUAGAAGAUGAUAUUUUAACUAACCAAGGUAUUUCUGAAAAAGAAUUUUUAACGUUACUAGAUGACGACAUGAUAAACUCAGACAUUUAUUUAAAUUAUGUAAGGACAAAAAUGCAUGAAGUUUAUAAAAAAACUAACUUAAAUAGAUAUAAUUUAAUCAGUACUAUUUAUUUAACUGUAAAAACUUGGAAUACUGAUAAUUAUUUAACUCCUACAUUUAAAGUAAAGAGAUUCAGUGUAUUCAAAGAUUAUUCAUUUUUCAUUGAAAAGGCUAAAGAAUAUCACUUUAAUUCAAAGGUAGAAACAGUCAAAAUAUAA